UGGACUCAGAAUUUCCUUUCGGGAAUCAUCCUGUUCUUGACCGUAGGCAUCUAUCUGGCUCUCGUUGGACUUGGUGCUGGUGGAGGCAGUCCAUCAGCCGCCCACUAUAAUGUCAUUACGUACACCACGCUCUAUGCUGUGUUCACUGUCAGCGGAUUCUUUGGUGGUAGCAUUAUGAAUACUCUUGGACCCAAAUGGACCAUGACACUGGGUGUUCUUGGCUAUCCGAUCUUCGUGGGAGGUCUUUGGUUCUAUGAUUCUCACAAUUCUCCCGGUUUUGCCCUUGCGGGAGGCAUCAUCUUAGGCAUUUCUGCCGGAUUUCUUUGGACUGUUUCGGGAUUCAUUCAAUUUGCUUACGCCGAAGAGAAGGACAAAGGUUCGUACAUCGCUUGGCAGUUGUUCCUGCUGGGCGUGGGGUGUACAGUUGGUGCCCUCAUCGUGUUCGGCAUUACGAAGGACGUCACUACCAUCAGUGGGGUGCCUGAAUCUGUGUAUAUUGCCUUCAUUGUCAUCAUGACUUCUGCAGCGCUUUGCAGUGCCUUUGGAAUUGUUUCACCAGAAGACGUCGUCCGUCCGGAUGGCAGUUCUCUGGCUGAAUUUGUUGCUACAGACUUCCGUUCUGAGUUCGCUGGCUGUGCAAAUCUUCUUAAAGAUUGGAGAAUUGUUCUGCUCAUCAUCCCUAUGUUCGCUACGGAGAUGUCCUCGUCUCUCAUCCCAACCAUCAGCGCAUACAGUUUCAACCUCCGUACUCGCUCUCUCAACAGUGUUAUCUUUUGGGGUGUCCAAAUUCCUUCUACUCUUGCAUUCGGAUGGGUUCUCGACAAUGACAAAUUCAAGAGAAGGAUGCGUGGAAUCAUGGCACUUUCAAUCUCAUGCCUCAUUGUCAUACUGAGUUGGGCCCUCGCGAUCGCAGUCCAGGUCAAACAUGAUUUGAUUAGAGGCAAGCCUAGCCCCGAAUGGGAUUGGAGUGACAACGAGUUUGUCGAAUUCUUCUUUGUCAUCAUAUUUACUGGAAUAGCAUAUGCUAUCGAUCAAAUGAUGGUCAUGUGGGUCAUUAGUGCUUUCAGCAACGAACCUCGCCUAUUGGCUCGCUAUGGUGGCUUCUUCAAGGGCAUGCUUAGCGCCGGUCUCUGCGUAGCUUUCGGCAUGGAAGCAGGCGGCGUGUCUUACCUGUACGUAUGCUAA